UUGAGUCCGCUCACCCGCUCCAGAGUGGACAGCAGCCACCUUCUCUACCGCCUGCACCUGCUGCUGAACGGGCCACUCUGAAGACAGGAUACCCUCCAGGCAGCCCAGCGCCAAUUUCCCAUGGAUGGCAUUUCUCCGCGCCCUGCUGGGACGCCCCUGCAGCUUGCCGCCGCGCCCGCCUACCUGCUCCUGAGCUGCCCUGCCCUACAGGGACAGACACCCUCGCCUGAGGCUGAGCCCCCUCGGGCGCCCUACCUUCCCACCUGGGGGGCCCUGGGCCGUAGCAGCCCCGACGGCCCCAGCAUCCUCCUUGCCAACCUCGGGCUCCGGGGACCCGUGGGCCGCUCGCUUUGGCUCGACCCGCUCCGGGACCUGGUGAUUCGAGUGCAGCCGGGGGACCGGUGCGAGGUGACGGUGUUGGACGCCCUGCCGCCGCAUCACGGCGCGCUCUCUCCGCGCCGCUUCCCCUGCGCCUUCGGGCCCCGCCAGGUCCGCUACACUCACUGGGGCCCCCGCAGUCUCGGACGCGCGCGGGUGAGGCUGCAGCUGGGCUACGACGCCGCGACUUCCACGGUCCCGCUGCCCUUCAUGCUCGCGGUGGACGUGGUCUUCCACCGGCUGAAGCUGGUGACCCGCAACCGGCCUUUGGCGGUGGAGGAGCUGCACGGCUGGAGCCACGCCAUUGACAGGAGAGUGCUGGCCUUUGCUUCCCCGGAGCCGGGGUCCGCGGCCACCCGCAGGUGCCGGCUCACCCCUGUUCCCGAGGGUGGCCCACUGAACGAGUAUGGGCGUUUGGUGGAUGCCGCGGGGGCCCCUCUCCCCAGGGCCAAGGCCAUAUACUGUGAGGCUUUUAUCCGGGCUGGGGUGCGCUACCAGCACACCUCCACCAUCCCCUCGCCCAACCGGGACUAUGUGCCCAUGGUGGCGGAGCUGCUAGGGCCAGGGGACCCAGGAGCUGAGUCAGAGGAGUUGCUGCUCCGAGAACAUUUCUAGCUGCUGGUGAGGAUCCUUGAGGGAUCCGAGAACACGGCGCCCAGGCCCAGCCACGCAGCUCCAAUGAUGCUGGAGGUCCAUCAGUUCCUGCUGACAGCCCUGACGCCCGACGCCCUGGCUGCAGAGGACAAGGAGUCUAAAGCCGAUGACCUGGUCUUCAACAUUCUCAAUGCUCCCAUCACCACGCCGGGGCAGCAGGGCUACGUGGUCAGCACUGACGACCCCCUGGGCCUUCCAGUAUCCUUCUUCAGCCAGCGGGAGCUGCGGGAACUGAAAAUUGCUUAUCAGCCCUCUAUGGAGAAAUCGGAUGCGGAGCACCUCUUCCAACUGGAGAUGGAGGUGGUGGACGCAGAUGGUGCCACCUCAGACCCCUUUGCCUUUAUGGUGGUCGUGAAACCCCUGAACACCCUGACCCCGGUGGCUAGCUAUGACUGGGGACUACUACUUUUUUAAGGUCAGUCAAGGCCCCUCUCCAGAGCCAACAGCCCUCAGAUCAGUGUGUGUGAUCACCUGGGAGAGGUGAAAGUGUCUGCUAUCAGGGGCUUGCAACAUGGGCAGCUGGUCGUGCUUGGGGUACCAGCAGGGUGCAAGCAUUUCACGCCAACGGACCUGGCAGCAGGGCGAGUGGUGGACCAGCAUGAUGGCAGCAACACCUACAGCGACAACAUUGUCUUCCGGAUGGAGGAUGGGCGCCACCAGGUGGAAUUCCUCUUCCCUCUCGCCAUCAUCCCUGUUGAUGAUGAACCACCAGUGGUCACUGCCGACACCAGACUCUCGGUGACAGAAGGGCAGGCAGUCCUGAUCUCCCCCUUUGUCCUGAGUGCAAUGGAUCUUGACUCUGAGGACUCGACCAUCCACUGUGUGCUGGAGGACCAGCCUCUGGUAAGAGAAAAGGAAGAAAAGGGGGGGGGGGAUCUGGCUCCCGGUUCCUCCAGCUCAAGGCAGCAUCUGGGGGAGAUGCUGCUGCGGCAGUCGGAAGCACCUCAGGCUCCUGAAGAUGAAGGCUGGUAUUACAUGGGACAGGAAGGACUUUAUGAGAAGGUGGUGACUGAGUGGCUUCAACAAGACAUAGUGGAAGGGAGACUCUUCUACCACCAUCUUGGACCCCUUGGCCCUCAAUCCAUAAUGGUCCAGAUAACUUUCCAUGUGCAGGAUGACCAUGACCCACCCAAUCUAUCCAAGCAGCAUUUCUUCACCAUCAGAGUCCAACCAGUGGAUCUGCAGAGUCCAGAGCUAUUUCCAGGAACUACCCUAGAAAUGACCGUGCAGCAAUACCAACUCACUCACUUCCAGAAGAAACUCCUCCAAUAUAUUGACCGGGACUCAGAUGACCAGCACCUGUGGUACACCCUGCUGAUGCCCCCUACGGACACAGAUGGCAACCACCAAGUCCAGGCUGGAGACAUUGUGCUCGCUGAUUCACCAGACACACCCGUUGUGCACUUCACCCAGGCCCAGGUAAAUCACCAUGAGGUUGCCUACCAGCCCCCCCGGAAGAAGCUGGGAAUUGUACGGUGGAUUGUGCAGUUCACCUACCAGGUGGAGGAUGCUGCAGGCAAUAGUGUACCUGGCACAUUCACAUUAUUCCUGAGGCCUGUGGACAACCAGCCUCCCCAAGUCACCAACAGAGGCUUUACUGUCUUAGAAGGAGAGAGUUUCAGCCUCAGCAGUAAUGAGCUGCAUGUUUCAGACCCUGACACAGACAUUGACCAGAUUGUCUUCAUAUUAGUUUGGGGUCCCCAACAUGGACAUUUGCAGUACUUAAAAAAAUGUAUGGUCCCAGGGGAACAUUUCACACAAGCUCAUAUUGUUAAUGGGAGUAUCUCUUAUCAGAACCGCAGAAAACAGGCCACCAGUGAUACCUUCCAUCUGGAGGUAAGUGACAUGGUGCAUCACAUACCCAUCACUGUCCAGAUUUCUGUGCAUCCCACAGCAGCUGACAAAAGUCCCAGGACCUCUAUUAUAGGUAGUGCAUUAUUAGAUGUGUUCAUAGAUGUACUAGAAAAUACAGCCACUGAGAUCACCAUGGACAUCAUCCAUGGUCUAAAGGACACAGGCAACUUGAUGCUCUCUUUCACUGUGGAAGACAGCUCCAAAUUGGGCACUAUUCUGGUGAAUGGUUUACCCACAGAACGGUUCACCCAAGAGGACCUCAUCAGUGGGACAGUAGUCUAUGUCCACACGGGAGGUGAAGUUGGAUUCCAGAAGCAGCCUGAUGCCUUCAGGCUUGCCCUCUCCAAGGAUUCUCAUCAGCGGAUGAUGGGAGACAGCACAGUGGAAGAGGUGCAGGUUCAGGUGGUGGUGCUGCCCGUCAACAAUGUGGCCCCUAAGGUCUUGGUCAGGGAGCCUUACGUUGUCCAUGAAGGUGGGAAGAGUGCCUUGACCUUACAACAUCUCAGCAUUGAAGAUGUAGACACUCCCCAAGAUGAAAUUCUCUGCACAGUAACUGGUCAGCCAGUCUCUGGCUACCUGGAAAAUAUGACACCAGCUCCUGGAUCAGAAGAGACCCGAGCUGGUUAUCCCAUCAGCGCUUUCUCCAUCAGAGAUGUCCAGCUAAGACAUGUCAACUAUGUACAGAGUAUCCACAAGGGGGUAGAACCACAAAAAGAUCAAUUCACUUUUUAUUGCUCUGAUGGCAUCAACUUCUCCCCAAAUGUCUUCUUUCCUAUAAUGAUCUUACCCACCAAUGAUGAGCAGCCUGAACUUUUUUCCCAUGAGUUUGUUGUCCUAGAGGGAAUGAGCAUUGUCAUAGACACCCCACUGCUCAAUGGAGCCGAUGCUGACCUGCCACCAAACGAGCUUCACUUUCAGCUCACAGCCCUCCCUCAGCAUGGGCGAAUCAUAUAGCAGCUGGCCACAGAGAGCCAGCCCAUCCGUAGCUUCACCUUAUAGGAGAUUCAGGAAGCUUCCACCAUUGUGUAUGAGCACGAUGACUCUGAGACCACAGAGGACAGUUUUGAGUUCUGGCUGAGUGACGGCAAGCACGCCACCCACAGGACGGUACCCAUUGUGGUGAUCCUGGUGGACGAUGAAACCCCUUGGCUGACCAUCAACAAUGGGCUGGAAGUAGAGACUGGACACACUGAGGUCAUCACCAAUCAGGUCCUCAAAGCCACAGAUCUUGACUCAGAUGAUAAGAGCCUCAGUUUUAUCCUCCGCUCUGGGCCUCAACAAGGGCUUCUACAGCGACUGAGAAAACCCAGAGGGGAGGUGAGGAACAACCUCACCCUGGGAAUGAAGUUCACCCAGGGUGAGAUUGACCAAGGCCUCAUCUGUUACACCCACACAAGCCAAGGACUUCAUGACCUUAUCAAGUUUGAUGUGACUGAUGGGAUUAACCCUUUGCCAGACUGCUAUUUCAACAUCACCAUUGGCAGCUUAGACAGGGUCUUCUUCCCUGAGGUGGUUAGCAAAGGGGUCACCUUGACAGAAGAUGGCAGAGUGACCCUCACCACGGAUCUGCUUAGCACCAAUGACGUCAACAGCUUUGAUGAACAGCUGCACUUCAGCAUCACAAGGGCUCCCAGCCUGGGGCACUUGGAAAUCUCUGACCACCCUGGGGAGCCCAUUACCUCUUUCACUCAGCGGCAGUUGGCUGGCAAGAUGGUCUAUGUUCGCACUUCAAAUGAUGAGAAAAAGAUGGACAGCUUUGAGUUUCAAGAGACUGAUGAACACAAUCCCGUGUUUCAAACCUUCAGGAUCUUUUUCACAGAUGUGAAUAAUAAGAAACCUAUCAUGACCAUCCAUAACCUGAUACUGCAAGAAGGGGAAAGAAAAUGCAUCACUCCCUUUGAGUUGACAGCAGAAGACAAGGAUACCCCAGAUGAUCUCCUCCUCUUUACCAUCACCCAGGUCCCCAUCCAUGGCAGGAUUUUGUAUAACGGCAGUCGUCCUGUGACCACCUUCACCCAACGGGACCUGAACGAGAACUUGGUUUGCUACUGGCACGACGGCAGUGAGACAACUGAAGACAGUUUCUCCUUGACUCUGACAGAUGGCACUCAUGCUGAUUUCUGUGUCUUCCCACACACUGCUGUGGAGACACACAGACCUCAGGUAAUGUGGAUUCACAUAAGAAACUCCCUAGACAACAGGUUCUCCCAGACUGCCUUUAACAGAGAUGCCCUGGCCUUGGAACACCUUCACCCUGGACAUGUGGGCUUCCUGAUUACCAGCAGGUCUCUGAAGACAGAGGAUUGGGACAGUUCCUACAGGCUCCAGAAGUAUAAAGUAACCAGAGGACCAGUGCAUGGCUUCCUUAUCAACACUGGCCUUGGAAAUGAGAGCACACGAGUUUUUACACAAGGUUAGUACACAGUGUCCCCUGAUGCCUUUGUCCUGCUCCUUAAAUAGAUAAGAUCUCCCAGCUCUGCAUGAAAUUGUCCUGACCUCAGUCCUUUAGCAGAAAGCUUCUAAUUCUAAUGAAAUACAAUGGAAUGAGAAAUUAACAAACAAAGGCAACAAAUCCAUUAUCAGCUGUUUCAUCGGCAAUGAACUCUCAGAUGGAACUCUCAGACAUUCAGUCAGGUUUGUAGUUACACUUUAAAACUGCCAAAUAUAGGUGGACAGCUUCUGCUUCUGAAAUAUAAUAAGAUUACAAUGAUUUUGAAAAGAUCAGUUUAAGUUUGAAUUUUAAGUAAAGAAUGACAUACCUAGGAAUCACUUACAUAGUUUACCAGUAAGUCUGGAUUUCUGAAGAUAGUGGUUUGGUGUCUUGAUUUCAGAUACAAAAAUUACACUGCACAUUUUAUUGUACUAUUCAAAUUCAAUUUCUGUAUCUAGAAAAUGCAUAGAACUAAGUUUGCCUAGGAGACACAGGAGACAUGGGUUUGAUCCCUGGGUAAUGAAAAUCCCCUGGAGAAGGAAAUGGCAACCCAGUAUUCUGCCUGGGAAAUCCCAUGGGCAGAGAGACUUGGCAGGCUAUAGUCCAUAGCAAAGAGGCUGACAGGACUUACAGCUUAACACACACGCAGGCACAGAAGUUUGCCUAACUAUGGGAGUAUAUUUUUUAAUGAUCAUUUUUCUUUUAUAUUUGUUGUUACUACUAAUGGUGAGCUAAAGGCUGGUCCCGCUGGCUUCCCAGGUAAUGAUACUGGUACCUUUGACUGCUCUUCACAUGGUCAUAAAACUUUUUCAUGUAACUCUAUGCAUGAGAUGUGAAGAGACACAUGGAAUUUUACACAUCUGAUAUGCAUAAAGCUGGAUGCAAUUUUAGAGUAAAACUAAAGAAGGUUGUUUAAAAAACAGUUUCUUUACAUUUUCAGAAUUGCUUCUAAAUCAAGUGAAAUCAUAUCAGGUUCCAUAAAAAUUGUUCUUGCAAAUGAAUACCCCAAAAUGCAAAUUGUCUUGAAAAUACUAGUAUUAGCAAUACAAAAACACAAUUAUAGACCCAACUGACACAUUCUCAAAUAUCCAAGAGAAUGGGCAAUAGAAAAACAUCAUGAUUUUAAUCUUAUUUUCUUUUUACUGAGGAUGCAAUAGUUAUUCCUGUUUAAAUUCCUUUCAACAAAUAGUUCGUGACUAUCCGAGUGUUUCAACCUUGGAUAGAAGACCUAACACCAGCUGGAUUAAGCUGUCUGUAGAGGACCAUGGUAUUGUGAAGUGUGCAUAGGUAGAACCUGGGCAUCCUUCUUGGAUGCCCACCUCAUCAUCCCAGAGAUCAUACACAGAGUAGCAGAGUUACAGAAUUUUAAAUUAUAAGGUUCCAUUUUUUUGCUAUUGCAACUUUAAAAAAAAGUUAAAUUCUUAUUAACCUCAUUAUUUUUUUAAAAGUUAGAUUUGUGUUCAUUUAAUCAUUUUUAAAUUUACUAAUUGUAAUAUUUUCAUGCCCUAUAAAAAACACUGAAGUUCUUAUCAUACUCAUUUUCUCUGUGCCAACACCGUGUGUGUAUGAUGCUUGUUCUUUUGCUAACUGACAUUGAUGAGAUGAGGAUCUACUACAUCUUGAAUGAAGGCAGCAAGGCAACUAAAGACAUCUUCUACUUCUUGGCUGAAGACAAUGCUGUGCCUUCUUCGACCAGUGCCAUUCCUAGUACAGAGUCACGCAAUCCUGGGCCUGCUGUUUAUGCACCACCAUGAGAACUAUACACAGAACAUCCACAUGGUUUGUCACAGUCAG